AUGUAUCGCCUUGGCUCUGCUCCGCUCCGGCAAAUCCCUCCAUCAUACCGGACUCUGCCUCAUUACGUUGGACGCCGUUGCUUCAUAGCGUCGUCCAGACAGGCCGACAAACCUCGGCUGAGAUCACGUUCUCUGGAGUUCAAGGGACAGACCAAAAAGCCUCGUUAUAACCAGGUUCCCUCCCCAAGCUCGUAUGAGAUCAACCUCGAAUCAUCGAGUCCAGUUUGGGUUGAGCGAGAUGAGUUGUACUUGCUUUCCCAACAGCGCACGCUGAAGUUGCCAUUUGCGUAUUUGCGGGACACGUGUCUGUGCUCGGCCUGUAAAGACCAACACUCCAAGCAACGCUCGUUUCGAACGGGGGACAUCCCUCGCAACAUCCGCCCAAGAUCAAUCAAAUGGGACGGAAGCCAGUUGUCAAUCAAGUGGGUCAACGAUAUUCCCGGGUAUGCAUCUGAUCAUACGUCUACCUGGAGCGUCGAGUUUCUGCACAAGCCCAUUGCGGAUACCCACGAGAAACGUUAUCUAAAUGCACCGCUGAAAUGGUCAAAGAAGAUGAUGGACCAACGCCAACACUGGAUUUCAUUCGAUGACUACAUCAACGAAGACUCCAAAUUCGCCGCGGCAAUGCAAAGUUUGAGGCGAACGGGCCUUGUCUUCGUCGACAAUGUCCCAGAGUCGCGCGAUAUGGUCGAGAAAGUUGCUACACGCAUGGGCCCCCUUCGCAACACGUUCUAUGGAUCAACCUUCGACGUGCGCACUGUCCCAGAGGCGAAGAAUGUGGCCUACACCAACCAAUUCCUUGGGUUUCAUAUGGACCUGAUGUAUAUGAACGAGCCACCCGGGUACCAACUCCUGCACUGCUUGGAGAAUUCCUGCUCGGGGGGUGAAUCUCUAUUUGCAGAUACAUUCCGAGUGGCCAACUACAUGAAGAAACGGUACCCAGAGCAGUACCGGCUACUUUGUGAACAGCGCUUGGGGUAUGAGUAUAGGCAUGAGGAUCAUAUUUACCACAACAAGAGGCCUAUUUUUGAAAUCGACCCCAAAACGAGAGAACUAUUGCAUGUCAACUACUCACCUCCCUUCCAAUCCGCCAUUCCAUCGCCAGACGGAAAAGAUCACGACGCCCAGUCAGUGGGACGGUUCAUAGCGGCCAUCGAUCUGUUUACCAAGCUGCUCAAUUCGAAAAAUGGCAUGUUUGAGUUCAAACUCAAGCCGGGAGUGUGUGUCAUUUUUGACAAUCGACGCCUUGUUCAUGCUCGCCGCCAGUUCAAUGCAAGUGAGGGCUCGCGGUGGCUGGCUGGUGCGUAUGUCGACACUGAUGCUCUACUGUCUUGCUUUGCCGUCUCUCAGCGAAAUCACCCACAGACUUGGCUGAGAAACAAUCAGGAAUUGAUCUCCCGGAAACCCAAGAUCACACAGGCAAGCCAUACCAUUGAUCCUCAGGAAGAAAGUGGGACCAAGAGCGAUUGA